AUGUGCCUGGAUAUUCUUGAUGAAGAGGAUUCUAGGGGCUUAGAUGUUGGGUUGAAGGCGGUAGCCGAGGAACAGAAGGAGUGGUUGAAAGAGUUGAUUGCUUCCGGCAACCUGCAACCGGCGAAUCGGAAGAUUAUGGGAGGAAAGGGUCCCGUGUUAAAGGUUCUUCCGAAUGGGGAGACGCGGUGUGGGUGGAUUCAGGCGUCGGUAUCGUUUGCCGAUGAUGAUGCCCUUAGCUUUGAGGGUUCCUGUGUUGAUGACGAGUAUCAAACUUCUGAGAAUGACAUUUCUUGGGAGAUUGAUUUUCCGUGUGAAGUGCUUGAGGGUGAUUGGUAUCCAAAUGUCGUUCAAGCUCAUGCUGAGACCGCACGCUUGUGCAGGGUCCUAUCACAAGAGCUGGGCGGAUGUUGGGAUUCGUUCUGCUUUGAUGGAUUGUUCGGGCAGCUGAGAGCGGCUGAGAAUCAAAGGGAUUGGUAUGAAGGGCUUCUCUGGGAUGAGUUUCUUCGGGAUUCCGCGAUAUCCUUGAGGUCACUAAGUACAGUUCCUUUGGGCAGUGAUGAGCCGUUACCGGCUUCAGAGGAGGAAGUUACGUCUCUUGAGGAUGUCCAUGAAGCAGUCAUUAGAAUACAAGUUCCGGAUAUCGAGGCCCUUGUUAAGACUGGUCAUCGGGUUGUUCAGGUUCCGGGGAAGGCCGUGCUUACGCGGAAGUCCGGUGUAGGUAAACGUCGGUUUCGAUGCGUGGCAUGUGGGAACUUUAUCCCUCAAAAUGAGAACGCCCAGAGCCUCUACACCACUGGAGUUGAGGGUGUGACUUUAAGGGUAGCACUUGCUUAUGCUGCACAUAUGUCUUGGGUUGGCCGGACCGCCGACAUUAAGACUGCAUUCCUGAAUGCCCCCUUAGAGGAAGGCUACGAUAAUGGGACAGAGGAGAUUGUAGUUGUACGCCCUCCUCACAUUCUUGUGGAAAUGGGACUCCUUGGUGUCACUGAUCGGUGGCGGGUAGUUAAGGCCCUUUACGGUCUAAGACAGGCUCCGAAGGCUUGGGCUGUGCACCGGGAUAAGAUUUUAAAGGCUUUUGAGUUCGUGUACAAGGGUUCGCGCUUUGUCCUGAAGCAAGCGAUUGCUGAUGAGUCGUUAUGGUACAUUAUAAAGGCGGACAUCUCGGAUGCUAACAACUAUGCCCUGAUGGUCGUGUACGUCGACGACAUCUUGGGAUUGGGACCGAGGGACCUUUUGGUAUCGCUCUUCGAAGCCAUUAAGAAUAUUUGGACGAUUUCUGAACCAGAGUGGAUUGUCAAGGAGAAAUCUGUAAAGUUCUGCGGCAUUGAGUUGUGGGCACUUGAUGACGGCUUCCGUAUGUCUCAGUCGGAUUACUUGAGGGAGCUAUUCGCGAGGUAUAACAUUUCCACUGGUGCGAGCUGUCCUAUGUCAUCGUGGAGCGAACCGGAACCCGAGGUAGAUGCAACAACAGAUCUGAUCAAGGAAGCCCAAGGGGUCACAGGUGCACUCCUAUGGGCUGCUUCGAAAAGCAGACCGGACAUCAGCUACUCUGUCUGUAAGCUUGGGCAGUACGCAACAAAAUCGCCGGGUAUCGUCGUCAAGGCUGGUAUGCAAAUCCUUAAGUAUCUCUUUGACACUGUAGAGCUGGGCAUUGAAUACAAGCGAACAGCAGGCACAGCUUGGUUGGACACACCAAUCCCGAGAACGGUUGGUACGGUAGAGGUGUUCACUGAUGCUUCACACGCGCCGGAGGGGGCUAGAAGCCACCAGGCGAUUAUGGUGAUGUGGCUUGGCAGUCUUAUCGCUUGGGAUUCAUCCAGACAACCUUUCACAACACUGUCCAGUGCAGAGAGCGAGCUGGUGGCCAUAAUAUCUGGGGUGUGCGCCGCGGAAUCAGUCGGGGCUAUCUUGGAGGAAUUAGUCGCUGAAGACCUUGUGGUAUCGGCGAUGUCCGACAAUCAAGCAUCAAUCCGAAGCUUCGCUGCUGGAAGCCAUGGCUGGCGUAACCGCCACUUAAGAAUGCGCGCGGCCUCGUGCCGCGAAAGAAUCGAAUCUGGUAGUCUAAUUGUCUCCUUUGUACCUGGAGAGCGGCAGCUGGCCGACUUAAGCACCAAACCGCUAGCAAGACCAAGAAUUAUGUACCUACUAAAUCUGCUUUCAAUCCGUGCGAGGUCGCAGGAUCAGGAGGUUGAUAAUCACGGACGGGUGUUGAGUAGGCUCUGGUUGACUUCGCAGCUUAAACCGGUGGGUUCAGCCCACAUGUUGGCGGGGUUAGCGUUGCUUGCAGCCAUACCGGAAGUGAGAGCGCAGCCUAGUGGAGAUGCGGCUUUGGAGUACUAUGGAUGGUUUAGCUGGUUGAUUAUGUGGAUACUUACCGGGGUCGGUUUAGCUUUAGCUUGGUGGUUUGUGUUUCGCAACGCGGAUGCGGACAAUCUUGAGGAGCAACCGCUUGAAGCAUCCCAAGAGUCUGGCGUGCAUGAGCUUGCUGGUCAGGGUGAUCACGGGUUGUUUGGUUCGGAUGCGGUUGCGGGUUUAGGAUCGGGUUCUCAGGUUGGGGGGAGCAGCUCUAGUAAUGAUCCAGCCGGGUUGAUGCCACAGACGGUUGGCGCUGGGGUUGAUUUUGCGACUUCUCUGACUGGGGGGAGUAGCUCUAGUGGUGAUCCAGCUGGGCUGCUGCAUCAGCAUGCUGCCGAAGCGCUUUUAAAUCAGAGUGAACCAGCUGAGCCAAGUUUAGAUUAUGAGGAUCUGGUCCAAGGGGACGAGGAACCGGUGUUUCCCCUGGCCCUGGUAGGAGGGUAUCUAGUUCGGCAUUUCUUGGUACAGCUGUUGUCGGUAGAAGGGGAAAGGGUUUUGAUGUUCCUUGGGGAUAGGUCUGAGUCUUGGUUUAGGCUUCGGUUGACCUCUACUCAAGUUAGGUUUGGAGUAGCCGGUUCACUGGUUGAGAUUCUUAGGCAAGGACCUUGGGCAUUGGUUUUUAAUGGGCCUCAGUGGCUACUUGCCACAGAGGAAUACAUCCGACGGGGGUGUGUUGAUCCGGGCUUUGAAGAACCAUUCGGAGCAUCUCUGUCAAAUGUGGCACAAUCAUCUCAUGAGGUUCCCGUCAGUGGUGAGCUUACUGAGUUCCCCUAUGUCAUUUGGGCUCCUUCUGACUUUGUUCAUUACCUGAGACGAUUGCUGGCUUUGAACGGCGCCACAUUGUUGAGCUUGCUUGGUAACCAGUCGGUCGAAUGGGUGCGGCUGAGGACCGUGUCGAGAUCCUUUCAAUCUGGGGUCGUGCUUGCUUUAGUGGUAUGGCUUCAGGGUCGAGGGAUGAUUAGCCGAAUGCUUGACGGUCCAGUGUCCUAUGACGUAGCCACCGCUUACAUUACUGGGCGCAUUGCGCCAGAUUCCGAGAGCGAAGAUGAAGCAUUGGAUGAUUAUCCGCAUCGCGAUCCCGCCUACCAACAGCAUCCUCCGGUGCCAGUGUUUGCUCAGAUGUUUCAAGAAGCUUUUGAGGAAGCUACUUCGUCUGAUGCGAGUGUGACUUCUACUACCGAGCCAUCGGUUUGGAGUGCGAGUUCUAGUGAAGUUGAGGAGCUUGGGCAAGUCGAGGAAGUCGCUGAUAGCUUGAGUCCUUCUGCUGAGGCUGUAGCUGGGGUCCGAUACGAAGCUGAAGACGGGAAGCUUUUGGUUUACUAUGUCGAUGAUGUAUUAGUUGUUCCUCUGCCGGGGUGGAGCCUCGCGCAGGUUCUGGUGGUAGUUCAAGGGCUACGCACAGGCGUUUGGGAUAACUUUCAAGAGGCCUUGGAGGCUGUUUCAGGUGACGGGGCAGAAGCUCCUGGGUCUUAA